UUAUCUUCCAUAUACCUAAUUUAUGUAUAUUUUUCUUGAUAAGAUUAAGAAACACCACUGAUUGCCAGUUUAUAAAGUGAAUUAUUUAUGUUAUUGUAGAUAGUCAAGUAAGGAGCAAGAAAAAUUUUUUCAAAUAGUGGAAGUUAAGUGGACAAUUACUACAGCCUAUUUCGAAGAAUCUUAUUUCGAAAAUAUGGGUACCGUGGCUUUUAAACUAACAACGCCGCUGCAGGAGAGUGUAACGAAGUUUUUAGAUCGGAAACGUAAGCGACCUAUGGAGCCAACAGACGGGAGUGAUGAUAAAGAUCUGGAGCUAGAAGUGCCAAAAAAGAAGAAACUGCUAAGUACUGCGAAGUAUAUUUAUAAAACUUUGUUUGAAGGACAGGCAAAUUCUGACAUUACUGUUAUGGCUCUGGGGAGAACGUGGCGGCUGCAUAAACUUUAUUUAAGUCAAAGUCCGUACUUCCAGAGUAUGUUUAGUGGAUCUUGGAUGGAGUCCACACAGGAUUUCGUCAACAUUCAAAUUUUAGACAAACGCAUAACUGUAACAGCACUGGAUGAGGUUUUUGGUUCACUUUACUCGGACGAUAUUAAAAUAGAAGUAGACAAUGUGGUAGGAAUAUUGGCCACAGCAACGUUAUUUCAUUUGGAAAGCAUAAUAGAAAAGUGUUCUGAAGUUAUGUUGGAGUCGAUAAAUGCAAAAAGUGCUGUGGAGUAUUAUGAUAUUGGUUGCGCUUAUGGUUGUUUGAAUGCUAAGAAGGCUGCAUUCGAUUGGCUAGAGAAGAACAUGCUAAGUGUCUAUCCUAAACAUUUUAAACUUUUACGCAGUAUUAGCAUUAAUUUAAUGACGGAGCUUGUUUCGAGUCCUGAUCUAUACGCAAUGCAAACAGAAUUUUCAAUUUACACUUUGUUGCGUACUUGGGCAUAUUUACGUUUACAUCCACAUUUCUUAAAUCAAGCCGAUGAAACGAAAAGCUUACGUCUAGAUGAUCAGUCCACUGAGCAGCAUCCAACUGAAGUGAUACAAGCAUUUUUCGUCCAACGUUCCAAAACUUGUUCCUUUCUGGCAACACCUGAUGGACAACAGUUUAAGAAACCAUUUCAAGCGCUUCGUACUCAGUAUCUUACCAAUCAUCACACUGAUUUAAAAAUCAUCCUUGCUGAUAAUAUAAUACCGAAGGAAUGGAUUAGCGGACAUGUGCUUGAUCACUGGAAUUCGAUUUUAAAAGUUGAUCAUGUGGCAAGUGAUGAAGGUAGUUUCACUUAUGACAACGACGUGUUCCUUAAUAACUGUAUGCGUUGCGGUCGUAUCUUGCAAGAACCAAGCUACCAGAAGUGGCGAUGGACAGGAUUUAAUUUUGGUUUAGAUUUAAUACUUAUAGUUGAGUCUCGCGUACUGAGUAUAAGACGGCAUCAUCGCAUCGAGCAUGAACGUUUACUUAGUCUACAAACAAAACGUCCCUUUAUGAUAAGAGCAUCGGUUACUUCUGCGUUAAAUGGAAAAACUGAACUCACCCAAACCUCUGAUAUAUUGUCUCUAUCAUUAGAAAAAAAUGAAGAGAGAACUAUUAUGUUAUUGGAUCCGAAACUAGUGCACCCACUGUUGAUCUCAGUUAAUUUACUUGUGGUUGAUCCACCAACUAAUCCAGACUUAAAACAAGGCGAUUUGCACACUUCCGAAGAUAUAAAUAUACCAAUCUCAGAUAUCGGUGCUAAUUCUGAUCGGCGUUCCAUUACACCAACUAGUUGUAAUGAUUCCGCUAUAUUUGUUGUAACACCGACACAGGAUGGCGAUCAAAUGUCAGCGGGCUUAUAUCCACGAUUGGUGCCUUCGGAACUAUCGCACUCACUUUCAUCGUCUAUAUCGGGUGGUGAUGCGUUUACUGGCGGAGUCAAUUGCACGAACUGAAGUAGUUUUGAAGUAUCUUGAUGAUAAAUUGUGAUUGAACUAAAAUGAUGAAGCUCAUUUCAUGUUCGUUAUUUUAAAUGAAAUUAAUAUAUUUGUUAUAUAUUUCUUGAUAACUCAA